GAGCUCAUCCUUCAGUGAAACACUUCCUCACUUCAGUUUGUUUUGGGUUCACAAAGGGCAGACUGUAGAAGCGUAAACAAACCCGACUGUCCGGAUUCCUGCUUCCCAGAGAGCGUCAGCGUUUUCAAAGCCCCGACCAUCCCGAGCUCUGAUUGGCCGAGGACCGACGGCCAGGUGUGGCGGUGCAGAGGUGGGACUGAAGUACAGGCAGAUUACAGGGGGUUGUAAAAGUACUGCGAAAUACCCUCCACACCCUCCUCCAGCUGCCUCCGAGUCUGUUACAGAUAAAACCAAGACAUGGACCCAGAAUACUUCACCUCUUAUAACAUGUGUUGGGGAACGUUGGGAACCGUUCGACCUUUUCCCGGUUUCCAUGCCGACCGAGACGCAAUGGAGAUCCGAGAAGCUCUGGAGAGCAAAAACGUAGUGACUCUGCUGAGAAUUCUGACCAACCGGACCAAUGCCCAGCGGCAGGAGAUCGCUAAGACCUUUGAAGAACAAACCCAGAAGGACCUUGCGGCGGCUCUGAAGAAAUCUUUAUCUGGAGAUGUGGAGGUUCUUCUGCUGGAGCUUCUGAUGCCUCCUGUCCAGUAUGAAGCUUAUCGGCUGCAGCAAGCCAUGGCCGGUUUAGGUACAGAUGAGGAAACUCUGAUGGAGAUUCUGUGCACCAGAUCUGGACCUCGGCUUCAGGAAAUCAGAGCCGCAUAUAAACAAUUGUAUAAGAAGGAUCUGGAGAAGGAGCUGAAAGGAGAAACCAGCGGAGACUUUGCUAAACUCGUUCUGGCUUUACUAAAUAAAAGCAGCGCUGCUGGUGGUGUUCAAAGAGAUAUUGAGUCUCUGUCUGCGACUCUAAGUGGGAAAAAAGCUGAUGCUGGACCGUGGAUUAGCAUCCUGACCUCCAGAGACUCGGAUCAUCUCAACAAAGUGCUGACGGGACUGGAGCUGAAGAACGGACAGGCGAUCAAUGAAACGGUGGAGAAACGCUUCUCUGGAGACUUUCGACUGGGUUUGAGUGUUUUAGUUCAGUGCAUUCAAAGCUCCGAUGUCUACCUCGCCAAGAGACUCGCCACCAUGAAGCCGUCCUUUGUUCACGGCAUCAUGGUUUCUCACAGCGAGGAGGAUCUGCUCUGCAUCCGGGCGGCCUUCAUUAAACUAACAGGAACUUCUCUGUACUCGGCUCUGCAGAAACAGUUCAAAGGAGAUCAUCUACAGGUGCUGCUGGCCGUCUGUCGGUCUGAAGAUUAAACCAGAAUUCCACACAGUCUGUCUUUAUGCAAAAAUAAACUCUGAUAACUUCCU